AUGGAUCAAAUCUCAAGAAUGUCUUCCAUGGACAAUAUCAAAGAGAAACGAUUGGCCCCUUUUCUCGAUUUGAGGCUUUCGAAUAUGGGUUCUUCAAUUGGGGAUGAAUCAACAAUGGGCCAAGGUUCAACAUCUUCAUCUGAGGUUAAGGUUUUCUCUUGUAGCUUUUGCAAGAGAAGUUUUUCGACUUCUCAAGCACUCGGAGGGCACCAAAAUGCUCACAAGCAAGAACGUGCGAUAGCUAAGAAGCAAGACAGAUGUUUGGACGCGACCCCACUUACUUCACACCCAAUUCCAUCACCAUAUUUGUUCUACAGUUACCAUCAAAGGCAUCCUUCUUAUAAUGACACAUUCUAUAAUAAUAUUGGAUCACAUGGGGCUCAUGAUUCUUUGAUGAACAAGCCAUCGAUGGGAUACCGCUCGCAGCUUGCAGCCAACAGUUGGGCAUACUUGAAUCAUAGGCCGACUAGUGUUCAGUUUCAAGAAAUUAAACAAAAUGGAGGGACUGUUGGAGGAGAUUCAGGUUCGUCUAAUUCGCUAUUGAUGAUGAAUUUUAUAGGUAAUGACAAUCACAAGGGUGAUGAUUCUAUGAUUGAAGAUGAUGGGUGUGAGCUUGAUUUGAGUCUUAAGCUUUGA